CUGAUGAAAGGCUAUAUCAGCGACUGCAUGCGCCAUCAUGGCCAAGCAUGCUUAUUGGCACCCUCUACACUUCUACCUACACGAGUACUAGAUGUGGGUGACGUAAAUACCGGCACUGCACCCUUUCUAUUCGAGAGUCGAAACACUUUUGGGUCAUACGUUGCUCUUAGCUAUUGCUGGGGUGGUAUUACCCACCAUCAGACAAUCAAAGCAAAUUUCCGGCAACGAACGAAAAAGAUCGAUUUUGAUAUCUUACCACGAACCAUCAGAGAUGCGAUCAAGGUCACAAGGGCAUUAGGUUUCCAGUAUAUCUGGAUUGAUUCCUUAUGUAUAAUACAGGAUGAUGCCAGUGACUGGAAGAAUGAGGCAGAAAAGAUGGCGAGUGUAUAUGGAAAUUCCCAGGUCACAAUCCACGCUUCAAGUGCCGCUACGAGUAAUGAGGGGUUCUUGCUAAACAGAAACAAGAGAUCUCACUAUAUUAACUGGAGUCAUCGAUCACUUGGCAUGAGAAAAACGCCGCAGGCUUUUAUUGGUGAGCAUGCCCAAGACUGGGCAUCCAUGACCAAAACCAGCCCACUCACAACUCGUGGCUGGACUUUACAAGAGCGUAUGCUUUCCACACGAAGCCUUUUCUUUGGAAAGGAUCAGAUAUAUUGGGAAUGCAAUGCUUGUAUUAGAUGCGAA